AUGACAGCAACUAGACCACGUCUUGGAAUGUUGAAGCAUACAAACAGCUCGUCCUUUGUGAAGCUCGUCUCAGAUGCUCUCACCCUCCACUUACUGAAGCCUUCAGCUGUCGAGGGAACUUCUUCAAGUCAAGUUCAAACCAUAGUACAAGCAGCAGGUAACGCUGCUGAGCAGACAGUAGUACAAGCAGCAGGUAACGCUGCUGAGCAGACAGUUGUACAAGCAGCAGGUAACGCUGCUGAGCAGACAGUAGUACAAGCAGCAGGUAACGCUGCUGAGCAGACAGUAGUACAAGCAGCAGGUAACGCUGCUGAGCAGACAGUUGUUCAAGCAGCAGGUAACGCUGCUGAGCAGACAGUUGUACAAGCAGCAGGUAACGCUGCUGAGCAGACAGUAGUACAAGCAGCAGGUAACGCUGCUGAGCAGACAGUUGUACAAGCAGCAGGUAACGCUGCUGAGCAGACAGUUGUACAAGCAGCAGGUAACGCUGCUGAGCAGACAGUAGUACAAGCAGCAGGUAACGCUGCUGAGCAGACAGUAGUACAAGCAGCAGGUAACACUGCUGAGCAGACAGUAGUACAAGCAGCAGGUAACGCUGCUGAGCAGACAGUAGUACAAGCAGCAGGUAACACUGCUGAGCAGACAGUAGUACAAGCAGCAGGUAACGCUGCUGAGCAGACAGUAGUACAAGCAGCAGGUAACACUGCUGAGCAGACAGUAGUACACACAGCGUCUUGGACAACUCUUGUCGUAAUAACUAGGAUCAGAAUAUCACUGAGUUUAAAAUUCUAA